CUCUCUCUCUCUCUCUCUCUCUCUCUCGAUCUCAAUCUCUCGAUCGAUCCAUCGAUCCAUCGUCUCCUACAUAUCUCUCUCCUCCUCGAAAAUGGCGGGGAGUCAAGGCUACGGCGGAGGCACGACGAUGAUGAUCGUGGCGAGCACGCCGAGCCAGGAACUCGCCCUUACCAACCUCGCCUACUGCUCCGCCGCGGAUCUGAGGAGGUUCUCCCUCUCCGGAUCGAGCCAAACCCUAGCAAUGGUGGGCGAUUCCAUCGUUCUCACCCUAUGUGAUCAUCCUGGAGUUCCUGAUUGUCACAUCGCCCUAAAUGCGAUCCAUCGUAGGCAAACAAAAGUUUCUGCUGGUGAUUCAUUAUCUGUUACGAGUUUUGUUCCUCCUGAUAAUUUCAAUCUGGCAUUUCUUACAUUGGAGCUGGAGUUCGUUAAAGGAAGGGCUAAUCGAACUGAGCAAUUAGAUGCUGUUCUUCUUGCUCAGCAACUUCGGAAAAGAUUUACUGACCAGGUUAUGACAACUGGUCAAAGAGUGUCAUUUGAAUUCUAUGGGAUAAACUAUAUCUUUACAGUCAAUCAGGCUAUGCUGGAGGGACAGGAAAGUUCUACUCCAUUGGAUAGAGGAAUGAUAUCCAUGGACACAUAUAUUGUAUUUGAAGCUUCUUCAAACUCGGGAAUUAAGAUAAUCAACCAACGUGAAGCUGCCAGUAGCAACCUUUUCAAACAGAAAGAGUUUAACUUGGAAAAAUUGGGGAUUGGCGGAUUAAGUGCCGAGUUCACAGACAUCUUUCGAAGAGCAUUUGCUUCUCGAGUUUUUCCUCCUCAUGUUGUUAAUAAGUUGGGUAUCAAGCAUGUUAAGGGAAUGCUACUCUAUGGACCUCCUGGUACUGGCAAGACCCUUAUGGCCCGCCAAAUAGGGAAAUUGUUGAAUGGCAAAGAACCUAAGAUUGUAAAUGGACCUGAAGUAUUAAGCAAAUAUGUUGGAGAAACAGAGAAAAAUGUGAGAGACUUAUUUGCAGAUGCUGAAAAUGACCAGAGGACUCAAGGUGAUCAGAGCGACCUCCAUGUAAUCAUAUUUGAUGAAAUUGAUGCUAUUUGUAAGGCCAGAGGGUCAACAAGGGAUGGAACAGGAGUACAUGACAGCAUUGUGAAUCAGCUCCUUACAAAGAUAGAUGGUGUUGAGUCUUUAAACAAUGUAUUGCUUAUUGGAAUGACUAAUCGAAAGGAUUUACUGGAUGAAGCCCUGCUAAGACCUGGGCGCCUAGAGGUUCAUGUCGAAAUAAACCUGCCUGAUGAAAAUGGCCGUUUGCAAAUUCUUCAAAUACACACAAAUAAGAUGAAGGAGAAUUCUUUUCUUUCUCCAGAUGUAAGCCUUCAAGAGCUCGCUGCACGUACAAAGAAUUACAGUGGAGCCGAACUUGAAGGUGUUGUUAAAAGUGCAGUCUCAUUUGCUUUAAAUCGACAGAUAAGCAUGGAUGAUCUUACUAAACCUUUGGAUGAAGAGAGCAUUAAAGUUACAAUGGAUGACUUUGUGCAUGCCCUUCAAGAAAUUACUCCUGCAUUUGGUGCAUCCACGGAUGAUCUUCAACGGUGCAGGCUUAAUGGUAUAGUUGACUGUGGCAAGAGACACAAACACAUAUAUCAAAGAGCAAUGCUUCUUGUGGAGCAAGUUAAAGUAAGCAAGGGUAGCCCACUUGUUACUUGCCUUUUAGAAGGUCCAUCUGGGAGUGGUAAGACUGCAAUGGCGGCUACAAUAGGCAUUGAUAGUGAUUUCCCCUAUGUGAAGAUAAUAUCAGCAGAAACAAUGAUUGGCCUUAGUGAAAGCAGCAAAUGUGCGCGAAUUGUCAAGGUUUUUGAAGAUGCUUACAAAUCUCAAUUAAGUAUUAUUAUACUCGAUGAUAUCGAAAGGUUACUGGAAUAUGUUGCUAUCGGCCCACGCUUUUCAAAUUUGAUUUCGCAAACAUUAUUGGUCCUCCUAAAAAGGCUCCCACCCAAGGGAAAGAACUUGCUGGUUAUUGGAACAACGAGUGAGGUGGGCUUUCUAGAGUCUCUUGGAAUAUGUGAUGUAUUCGCUGUCGCAUACCAUGUUCCAAAACUGCAGAAGGAAGAUGCAAAAAAGGUGUUGCUACAUCUCAAUGUAUUCAAUGAGUACGAUAUUGAUUCGGCUGCCGAAGCACUGCAUGAUAUGCCAAUUAAGAAGCUAUAUAUGCUCGUGGAGAUGGCUGCGCAAGGAUCGGACGGCGGGAGCGCACAAGCUGUUUACUCUGGAAAAGAGAAAAUCAGCAUUACUCAUUUCUUCGACAUCUUGGGCGAUGUUGUAGCUACUCGUGUUUGAAAUCUCUAUUCUUCUCUCCGACAUCACACAUAAUGUAAUACAUUUUUCUUCUUCAUUCUAUUAUUCUCGAUUUUGCUCCUCUUUUUUUUUUAACUAUUUGCUUCUUCUUUUGCAACUUUGAAAUGUGGGGUAUACAUUUUUCUUCUUCAUUCUAUUAUUCUCGAUUUUUCUCCUCUUUUUUUUUAACUAUUUGUUUCUUCUUUUGCAACUUUGAAAUGUGGGGUGAUUGAGCCU